CGCGUGCUAUAUUCUUAUAUAUGUCUAUGACAUACUUUGAUAUGGUUAAUAUAACCUUAAAAUAUGUUUGUCAAAUUCUAAUGAAUAAUAAGUAAUAAAACAAUUUUAAAAUGGCAGUACCCUUAAAAGAUAUCGAAAUAAAAGAAGAGUAUCCAAAAACACUACUUUUGGAGAAGCACAUUAAAUUUAUAAAGCAGUAUGGCCAAUCCGAAAACGACUUUGAAUAUGGUAUGACGGACUACUUGAGAGUUUCUGGCAUGUAUUGGGGCCUCACUGCCUUAGAACUGGUAGAUAAACUAGAUUCUUUACCGAAAGAAGAAGUUAUUGGUUUUAUUCAAAAGUGCCAAGACCCUGAAACGGGAGGGAUUAGUGCUUGCAUUGACCAUGACCCUCAUCUGCUUCAUACUCUAAGUGCUGUCCAAAUAUUGUGUAUCUACAAUAGGAUUGAUGCUAUUGAUGUUGAGGGAGUUAUUAAAUACGUUGCUUCUUUACAAUUGCCUGAUGGAAGCUUUACUGGAGAUAAAUGGGGAGAAGUUGACACAAGGUUUUCCUUUUGUGCUGUAGCCACUUUGUCCUUAUUGAAAAGACUGAAUGCUAUAAAUGUGGAUAAAGCUGUGGAGUUUGUCAAAAGCUGCAUGAAUUUUGAUGGAGGAUUUGGAUCCAGACCAAAAUCAGAAAGUCAUGCCGGUCUUAUAUACUGUUGCUUAGGUUUCUUAUCAGUUACAGGGCGGUUGGAUAUUGUUGAACAGGAUACUCUGGCAUGGUGGUUGUGUGAGCGUCAGUUGUCUUCAGGUGGUCUCAAUGGACGUCCAGAGAAAUUGCCUGAUGUUUGUUAUUCAUGGUGGGUUUUGUCUUCUUUAUCAAUCAUUGGUCGUCUCCAUUGGAUUAGUUCAGAGACUCUUAAAAGGUUUAUUUUGGCUUGUCAGGAUACAGAAUCAGGAGGAUUUGCAGAUAGACCUGGUGACAUACCAGAUCCCUUCCAUACCUUGUUUGGCUUAGCAGCACUUUCUCUGUUAGGUUUUGGUGAUAUUAAACAGGUCAAUCCCACAUAUUGUAUGCCACAGUAUGUUAUUGAUAGAUUGCAGUUAAAACCCCAAGUAUUAAAGUAAUACAUAAAUUUAAUAAUCAAAUAUUGCUAAGAAUAUGCUCUUAAAUAUUAAUUUUGUAAAUAAAAACUUAUUAGGGAUUUCCAGAGAGUUUAAUCCGUAUUUGGAGCUCAAAAUAAAACUACAAAUUAUUUGCGGGUAA